AUGGAACAUGAGUGUUGGCAAAAUGCAAUGCUAAUAGAACUUCAAGCACUUGAGGAGAAUCACACUUGGGAUAUUGUUCCUUGUCCUCCUAUAGUCAAACCUAUUGGGAGUAAAUGGGUUUUCUCUGUAAAACUUCACUUUGAUGGCUCUUUGGACCGAUACAAAGCUCGCCUUAUAGCUCUGGGUAACAAGCAGGAAUAUGGGGUUGAUUAUGAGGAAACAUUUGCUCUUGUUGCCAAAAUGACCACGGUUCGAACCAUCUUAGCUAUUGCCGCUUCACAAUCGUGGCAACUGCAUCAAAUGGAUGUGAAGAACGCCUUUCUUCAUGGUGAUCUCCAAGAGGAGAUUUACAUGAAGCUCCCCUCUAGUAUGACUACUUCUUCUUCUCAUGAUAUUUUCAUUCUCUUGGUUUAUGUGGAUGAUAUUAUCAUUACUGGCACUGACUGUGGUUUGAUUACUAAGCUUCAGCAACUGUUACAUGCAACUUUCCAUAUGAAAGAUCUUAGCCAGCUCACAUACUUCUUAGGAUUGGAAGUUCAUCAUCAGGCCAGUGGUAUUUUCGUGAACCAGCAUAAGUACAUUCAAGAUAUUAUCACUUUGGCGGGUUUGGAGGACACUUCUUCUGUUGAUACUCCUAUGGAGGUCAAUGUCAAAUACAGGAAAGAUGAAGGGGACCUUUUGAAUGAUCCUACUCUCUAUCGGCGCCUGGUUGGGAGUCUUAUCUACUUAACCACUACUCGACCUGAUAUCUCCUAUGCUGUUCAUCAGGUUAGUCAGUUUAUGUCUUCUCCUUGGCAUCUUCAUCUUGUUGCCGUUCGAUGCAUCAUCCGCUAUCUUCGAGGUUCACCUACUCAUGGGUUAUUCUUUCCUACCGGCUCCUCACUUCAACUUGUUGCCUAUAGUGAUGCUGAUUGGGUUGGGUGUCCAGAUACACAUCGAUCUACUACGGGUUGGUGUAUGUUUUUAGGUGAUGCCUUAAUUUCUUGGAGAUGCAAGAAACAAGAUCAUGUGUCUAAAUCCUCUACUGAGGCAGAGUAUCGUGCUAUGUCUACUGGUUGUUCUGAAAUUGUAUGGCUACGCGGUCUUCUUAAGGAGCUUGGGUUUCCUCAGACUACUUCUACCCCUCUUCAUGCUGAUAACACUAGUGCUAUUUAG